GGCGCUCGUCACUCAUCACAUGACCCGUGCCCACUGUGCUCCGGUAGGCCAUAUUUGACAGUGGCCACUAGUUUAGCGAAGUGAGUGAGUGUGAAGAUCGCUCGUACGUUCGACGUUCCGCGCGCGACGAUCGGCAACCUGUAAAUACACCCGCGACCGACCCGACCGCCGAGCCGCGACAAAUCCAGCCACAAUGUCAUCGGAUGAUGCCCCGAUAUACGCGCCGUUCUUCGGCGUUAUGGGCGCCGCCUCUGCGAUCAUAUUUUCCGCUUUGGGAGCAGCGUAUGGCACAGCGAAGGCCGGCACAGGAAUCGCGGCGAUGUCCGUCAUGAGGCCAGAGCUGAUCAUGAAAUCCAUCAUUCCUGUUGUCAUGGCGGGUAUUAUUGCCAUUUACGGCCUCGUGGUGGCCGUCCUCAUCGCGGGUUCUCUCGAAAGAGAGGAUUACAAGCUGUUUACGGGUUUCGCCCAUUUGGGUGCUGGUCUGGCCGUGGGCUUCUCCGGUCUAGCAGCCGGUUUCGCCAUCGGCAUCGUCGGUGACGUUGGUGUGAGAGGCACCGCGCAACAACCUCGCCUCUUCGUCGGCAUGAUCCUGAUAUUGAUCUUCGCCGAAGUAUUGGGUCUCUACGGUCUGAUUGUCGCCAUCUACCUAUACACCAAGUAAACGGUCAGUAGCGGCAUCUCAACCUGCCCAUGGCUCCAUGCAAGACAUGUCGCCUGCAACCAACAGCGCUCCCCGACUCUAUUAUAAUACUACAACCAACUUGUUUUGACAUUUUACUUAAAAUCACGUUACUCCAUGAUGCAUACAUACAUUUUACCUUAUCCACCUAUCUACCUGCCGAAAAGAAAAGAGGAAAAAAAAAAGAUAUGAAAAGACACCGUCGACUCAUCUCCGCGCGUCCUUCUUGUAAUAUCGUACUCGAAGUCGAUCUAUCUUAGCGUCCGAGCAUUUAAACCACCGCGCAUUACUCAUCACAUAAGUCGCAUAAUCAUACAUUGGAAAGGUGUUGCGCGAUCGGCGAGAAAUACCCGCCCGCUUGACUAAAUUUACCGGCGAGACUCGAGACACGGCGCACACGUCUCGACGCCGCGGUCUCACGAGGAGUGAGUGUAUAGCCAAAAAUAAGAAGAAAGGAAAAGGAACGGCAACUGAGGACAACAACAUGGGCGACAGGGGAAUACCAUACGCAUAGGAAGAAAUGGAAGAAAGAGAGAGAGAGAAAGAUACAGAGAAGAUCUCCCAUAUAAUCCCAUGCCGAACAUUUCUCUUUCACUGUAUAGUAAUCAUUUGUAGCGUAGUAACGACAUUGAAUUAACAGUUGAAGUUAAUCGGCUCUACUGAGUGUAUAAAGAGAAAAAAAAACGUGUUAUUGAUAAAAAGAAUAUUUAGCACAAUUAUAUACAUAUACAUAUUACAAUGCAAUCGAAGCGACAAGCAUAGGCAGUAUGUGAGAGAGAGCGAGCGAGAGAGAGAGAGAGAAUGAGCGAAUAAAAGAAAAAGUAGAAAAACGAAAUUAUAUCAUCGGAUGGUAGAAGUAUAUAAGUGUAGGCGGCACGCCAAUUGCGUGUGGUAAACGGCGUAAUAUCCAUAAAAAGAGAAAGAAAAUGAAAGAGAAUGAAAACAAGAGAAGUUUGUGAGAUCUCGCGCGAACGGAAAUUAGUACAACGUCAGAAGUCGAUCGACGAAGAACGGUACGAUGGAUGAGACCUUAGUGAAAGGGAAAAACGAGAAAAGGGUAUAUAAAGAGAGAGAACAAGGUAUGAAUGCGAGUAGUUGAUCAGCGGAUACACACGAUAGUAUUAAGUCAAUUGAGAGCUGCUGGACGCGGCUGGAUUUCACAUUUUCACGGUUAUUCAUGGACAACGAUACGCAACGCGAUAUCAGAAGAGAAAAGAAGAAAGAGAGAGAGAGAGAGAGAGAGAACGAAAGAUAGAGAAACAGAUUCGCUUAAUCGAGUGAUCGCGUUGAAGCCGCGAAAGGCCAGCGGUGGUAAACACAUCCCCGAUUAGCCGAACGAGAUUUUUAUCCCCGACUCAUAUUAUAUCCACACAUCGUAACUGUGAACGUCGUCGUAUGUCAAUGGAGUAACGGGUGUGUAUAUGUGAGAAGCUUGUUUGGGAAACUGAACACGAAUAAGACACCGUAUGUAUUGUACCAUCGUCAGGCGAACACAAAUACACACACCGAAAACGAUCAGUCAGUCAGCGAGAUCAAUGACAACCGGAGAAGGAGAAAAGUUAUAUACAUAUAGAUAUACGAUGAUAACGACAUAUAAACGGAGGAUAAUUUGUACAUUCCAAUAUUAAGUUCGUUCAGUUAACACGUUCAGGCGAGCGGGCGUUUGCAAUGGCGAUGAGAGAAGGAAGGAAGGAAAGAAGAAUAAUAGAUUAUCGGCGCUGCGCGCUAGUUCGUGACAAAUUCGACGAUACCGACCGAUCGACCGCACCACACAUCACACAAACGCAUUACUUACAUGGGGCAGAUACAGAUAGACAAAUUCCGAGACGCGUCGAGCAUCGUUGGGUGGAUUGUCAUUGGGAGCUGACAAUCAGCUCUUCAUGCGCGCGUAUACCAGCCGGGACGAUCGGCCCAUCACCUCUCUCCAUAGCAAUCACGCACGUUCGAGUACGUACAAACAAACAAGAAAGAAGGGAGAAUAGGUACAACAAGCGCAGAGAAGCAGAAAAGCAACUCGGAGCGCCCGCUUGCCCCUUUGACUGUGCAGUAUUUUCUACCUAAGACACACAUACACACAGAGUAUAGACGCAUUUCCGGCGGAGAAAGACGGAUGACGUUGUCGAUGAAUCUAGUAUCUAGAGAAAGAGAGAGAAAAAGGAAAAUCCAGACGAUUCUGUGUUCUACUUACCGACAAAUACCAGUCAGUCUGAAGAGCGAACUGAAGAAAGUGAACAGUCAGACGGAGCUCGCCUCGAAGAUGCGCCUAUAUUUGAAGAAAACUACAAUAGUCACUCAACAUCGUCGGUAACGAGAACGGGGACCAUAUUCUGGAUGCAUUAAACGCCAAAUAUACCCUUUUGAUUCUCAAGCUGAAACGUUACACGUGACGCUCACAUGAGAGAUGUAUGUAACUUGGAAUUAAAAAGGCAUAUUUAGCGCUCACUGUGUGCUCAGAAUGAAGUUCCUGGACUAGCAGGUGCGGUCAACGGACGUGGAAGGAAAAUCACGAUUUUCUGGAACUCGUGUAAAACCAGCGCGUCGCUAAGAAGAAAGAGGGAAAAAGAAGAGAGAAGGGAGAACGCACGAGCGAUCCGGGGAGCGGUGGUGGCGACGGUAGUGGUGGUGAUGGUGCUCCGUUUACCGUUUCUUCUUUUCCUUUCUUCCCGCUUUGUUGCAACGGGAGCGACCUUCAUUCUGGUCACUUUACGCUCGAGGAAACGCAGGCGCACUAUACUAAUGCGAACGUAAUUACUUGUACCGCCAACUGUCCUUCUUCCCCCUCACAUUCUUGUCUCUCCCGUUGUCCCGUUAUUCCACACAAUCGAAACCGAAAAAGAGAGAGAGAGAGAGAGAGAGAGAGAGAGAGAGAGAGAGAGAGAGA